GGAAACGCGAGGAUACUCACCGAGCGGACUGCUUAUCUGAGGGUUAUAACGCUGCUGACUUUCGCUUUCGGUGCCAGUCUGAACCCGGAAGGAUGAGUUUGGCAGCGUCGCUGUUCUACUUCCGGGUUCUAACUUAAAGGGGAAGUUGUCAGAAGUGCAGAACAAAAGAUUUUUCCACAGAAUCGUCAUGAGCGUUCGGGGACAGGACUCGCUGGAGAAGAAAUUCGACCCACGCGACAAAACUCUGAAGUUUGUAGACAGGGGAGAUGACUUGGAUCCAAUGUCGUCUGAUUUUAGCUCUCUCAGAGCCGAAAUGUCCUGCGGCCACGCUGUCACUCCUGACUCCCUGACACGGUGGUGUCUCAGCCUCCUCGAACAGGGGGACUAUGUGUUCAGAUGUCCUGCUUUGUUGGAGGGCACCAAACAGUGCAAUAAAGUGUGGUCGUACCGGGAGGUCCGCAGACUGGCGGACCUCAGCGCUGAUGAAAUGGAGCAUUUUGAGCAGGCGAUGGCCAACCUGUCUGUUUCAAAGUACUGCCAGGUCCAGUCGUGUCCAGAGUGUAAAACCAUGGUGGAGAGGAAGGACCUGUCCAACCUGUGCGUCGAGUGCGUCAUUUGCACAGCCGACCAGAAGAAGACCUACAUGUUCUGCUGGCAAUGCCACCGGGCGUGGAAGGGCCCGGGCCCUCGGUCCGACCGCUGCGACAACGACGGCUGCAUCAACGGGGACCUGCAGCUGCUGCACACCUGUAAAAACAUCCGCCUGCCCGAGGUGGAGGGCGUCACCAGCUGCCCGUCGGUACGAGCCUGUCCCGUGUGCGGCAUGAAGGUGGAGCACAACCAAAUGUACUGUAAAAACGUAACGUGUCCUCGCUGCCGCACAACCUUCUGCUUCGUGUGCCUGAAACUAAAGAGUGAGUGCUGUAAGACCAGCUCGCCGUACCAAGUCUGCCCCAGCGGCGUGGCUCCGAGACAGACCCGCAUCCCUGUGUGGAACAAAUAAUGGCUGAAAAAAAAAAAACGCCCGUCUGUCUGGUGGAGAGUUUAACGAAAGCUAGAUAGGAGAACACUGGAAAAAUUAUUUCCUAUGCUGUACACUAAAAUGUAUAUGGUUAUGUCUGUUAUGGAUAUUUUAGCCUUCUAAUCUAUGUAAAUCACACAUAAUUGAAUAACUUUAACUCUUUAACUAAAACUCUUGACCUUUAAAAGGGACAUUUCUCCUCCUCGUUUUCCAAAGCUUGUUUACCUAUAAUAAAUGGAAAUAAACGUUUCUAAUGCUUAAAGGCAUUUUAUUUUCAUAACAGUUUAUUGCUGAGAAUAUUGUAUAUAUGCUUCUGUUAAUUCUGUUGUAACAUUUUAUGAAUGCAUACAGGAUUUUGUAAAGGAGCAACCAAAAACAGGCAACAUAUAAUAAGCCUGAUGUUAACAGUGAAAUUGAUUCAUCUUUAAAUGUGAGCCUUUGCUAGACAGUUAUAGUAAAUAAAUAAGACGUAUUUGAUUGAAGUUUGCUUAACCAUCCAAAUUAAUAUUUAUUUCAGCUGGUUUGUGACGGAUAUGCAGCCAGUGGCCAGACGGACUGGGAGGCCCAAACCCAGGAGUACAACGACUUCCAGUUUGCCUUAAGGAAGUUCUGGAAAUCUGUUCUACGACUGGAAGGAAAGCAGAGCUCUUGCCAGGGUGUGACUGGUUUUGGUGGGGAACUGUGGCCCCAGACUGACGAUAUGGUUCGGUGUCUAAAGGAGCACUUUGAGGACGUCCUGAGUCCGGUCACCAUGUCCUCCUUCAGAGAAGCCAGAGGCCGCUCUGGGCAUUGUGGGGCUCUGAGCUGACGCGUCUCUUUAGUGUCGGGUGAAAGAACAUAAACAACAUCUGUGGAAUGGCUAAGUGGGAAAGUGGUCCACAUCUUUGAGAAAAAUUAGUAAAAAAAUCAACUGAACCUAAAAAAGUAAAAGGCCUCUGACUGGCUGUCGAGCUUUGGAUUAUGACCCAUGAACAUAUCAAAGAGGUAUUUUGUUUGGGGGGGGGGAUCCUGACCUCUGUUGUGAACCGCGGACAGCUGCGUGGUGAAAUUAUAGUCUCUGUAUAUGAGGCGGCCGCUGCACCCCUUCCAACCUCAUCCUUUUUAAAUGUUUGCUUAUCAUGCCUUUUGUUCAUCGUGUCCUUCUAACAUCACCUUCAACAAAAAUGAGUUACAGCUGAACUA